AAAAGUUGAGUAACAGCUAUUAUCAAUAGAUACAGUGGGUUUUCUAUUUAUCGAGGUAAAUCGAUUACAGUCACCGAAGUAAUAUCUACUCGCUCGCUCUAACGGAAAAUUUAAAAAAUAGCCAAUAAUAGUGGUUGUGUUGCCUUGUGCCACUCACUCACCCAAAUGUAAAUUCACACAGCAAUUGAGUGGAGUGUAGCUCAUACAUUGAAAGUGUAGUUCGUGUAGUUUGUCAGUGAGUUUGUCCCUGGAUACGUCAGUGGUUGUUGAGAUUGUGCCAGUAAGUCAUAGUAGUGAAACCAAGUCUAACGGAAGUAUUCCUGGAAUUGGACUGUCAAGUAUCUUCGAUCGACUUUUCAUCAGAUUCCUAAUUACCAAUCUCGGCGAAAUGAGCACCAGAUUUUCGAACAUCAAAUUAGGACCACCAAUCGAAGUGUUUGCAUUGCAGAAAGCCUUCCUCGACGAUACAUUUGAAAAUAAAGUAAACCUCACUGUUGGUGCUUACCGUACCAACGAAGGAAAACCAUGGGUGCUACCUGUUGUAAGAAAAGUAGAAAAGGCAUUGGCUGUCGAUGAAUCACAAAAUCAUGAAUAUCUACCUGUAUUAGGAUUGGAUGCUUUCAGCCAAGCAGCAACAAGUAUGUUAUUAGGACCCAGUUCAUCCUCAGUAUUACAGGGUCAAGCUUUUGGUAUUCAAACUUUAUCUGGCACGGGCGCGUUGCGUGUAGCUGCUGAAUUUUUAUCCCGUAUUCUUCAUUAUGAUACUUUUUACUACAGCAAGCCUACUUGGGAAAAUCACAAGCUAAUCUUUACCAAUGGAGGAUUUAAGAAAGGGUGCGAAUAUCGGUAUUGGGACCCCGAAAAUCAUAAUAUCGAUAUAGAGGGCAUGUUGGCGGACUUAAGAGAGGCCCCAGAAAACGCAGUAAUAAUUUUACAUGCAUGUGCGCAUAAUCCAACAGGCUGUGAUCCAACACCAGAACAAUGGGCAAAAAUCGCAGAUGUGAUUGAAGAAAAACACUUAUUUCCUCUUUUUGACAGCGCUUAUCAGGGCUUCGCAAGUGGUGACUUAGAUCGUGAUGCAUACGCUGUACGAUUAUUCGCUGAUCGUGGAAUAGAAUUCAUCUGUACCCAAAGUUUUGCGAAGAACUUUGGGUUAUACAAUGAACGUGUUGGAAACAUGGUCGUGGUGAUGUCCAAUACAAAAGAAAUUGUUCAAGUUAAAUCUCAAUUAACUCUCAUUGUUCGUGGAAUGUACAGCAACCCGCCGAAUCAUGGAGGUCGCAUUGUUGCCACUGUGCUUAAAAAUCCUGAUCUCUAUGAAGAAUGGAAAGACCAUAUUCGUACAAUGUCAGGAAGAAUAAAAGAGAUGCGUACUGGUCUUUAUGAUAGACUAGUAAAACUUGGAACUCCUGGAUCCUGGGAACAUAUUACACAACAAAUUGGAAUGUUCUCAUACACUGGUCUCAAUGGUAAAUAAAUAACGACAGGUUGAACACUUGAUGGAUCAUCAUCACAUCUACCUAUUACGCAGUGGCCGUAUAAAUAUGUGUGGCCUCAACGAGAAAAAUAUUGAUUAUGUAGCAAAGGCUUUCUACGACGCUGUUAUACAGUUUCCGCAAACACAGAAAAAAUGCUCUUGUUAGAACUUGCAAUGCCACUCACAUAUCCCACUUCUACGUCCGUUUUUCUUUUGUUAUCCUACAAUCUUUAUUGUCGAGCGUAAAAGAAGCAAAAUGUCGAAGUUGUCCUAUCCUUAGUAUUUUAAUAUAAUAGGCUAAUAUUUUAUACACCAGGUCCCUACUUGGUAUAAUUUAAUAAUUCGUCUUACAAUAGCAUCUUUUCAAAUCAUGUUUCAAUAAAUGUUGCCUUAAUACAAAGAGUACAAACUAUUCAUAUAAACAUUAUCUAAUAUUACGGAUGUUGGAUGGGAUAUUUUGACUGUCAUUAUAUACCAAACGAUAGUAGCAGAAAGAUGCUGUGCAUUUCAAUGUGUAUAUAUACUCUGAUAGCUGAGAAUUAAUGUAUCAGUCCACCAGUUAUUUACAAACGACAUUUGAAAAGAGAAGUAAUGUACAUACAUAAUGUAUAAUCUUGCAUUUUUUUUUAUGUAGUGCUAAGUGCAAUAAUGAGUUUAAAACUUGGUACUAAGAACUACAUUUAACUAUCGAAGAUAACAUCGAAAACGUAAUUAACAUCUUAUAUUGAAAGUACAAGAAAUGUAUUACUCUUGCAAUGAACAUGACUAGAUAGAGGGAAGGUAUCGAUUGAUAGUAAGAAAUACAUUAUUUUCAUGUGCAUUUAACUAAUUUGAAACUUGACUGUGUAAUAAAUAAAAUAUCGUAUUCAUAAAAUUGAACAAUACAUGCAUUUUGUAGAUUUUAUUUAUGCUUAUGACAUGUAUAAUAAAGGUGACAGCCACUUCUGCGCACGCAAUCGCUUAAGACAAUAAAAAUUUUAAAAAAUAAUU